AUCAUCUUCUGAAGAUGAUAAGAAAAGUUCAAAUACAGAACAAUAUCUUGAGAAAAAUUAUAUUAUUAAAAAAUCACCUUGGGCAGCGGGACGCCCGACUCCAUUAGUAAAUCAAAAUGAUUGGAAAGGAUUAAAUGUUGAAGAAGUAAAGAAUCUUCGAACUAGUAAAAAAGGGAUCCAAGUAUUAGCUUUUGAUAAAGAUAAUACUCUCACCGCACCUUAUUCAAAUAAGUUACAUGAGCAAUUUGAGAAUGCAUGGAAAGAAUGUCAAAGACAAUUUGGUAAAGAGAAUAUAAUAAUUAUAUCAAAUUCUAUUGGAACAGAUGAUGAUCUUGAAUAUCGAAGUGCACAAAAGGUAGAAAAUUCUUUAGGUGUCUCUGUAUUAAGACAUAAAUAUAAGAAACCUAAUGGAGGAACUGAACUUAUCACUCAUUUUGCUUCACUUCCUCCAGCCAAAAUCGCUGUUAUUGGUGAUCGUCUGCUAACCGAUAUUUUAUUUGGAAAUAUGAAUGGAAUGUUUACAAUAUUCACUAAACAAAUAAUUACAGAAAAAGGUGAUAAUAAGAUGGCUGCUAUGAUUAGAAGAUUUGAAUAUCGAAUAUUAGAUUAUUUGAAAGAUCGAGGAGUCAAACCUCCACCACAUCCUUUGCAUUAA